AUGACGAAUACUCAGCCUGAAGAAGAAAGCAAAAGUUCUAUUCUUGACGAUUUGCCAAAAAAAGUGUUGGAUGAAUCAUAUUAUCAUGGAUUCCUUCCUCGUGAAGAUCUCCCAUGUUUGUUAGAGCAGGUGGGAGAUUUUAUAAUUCGAAUUACUCAACUGAAACCACGUGAUCCAUGUGAACUUAUUUUGUCAUUGCGCGUUUCUGAUCAAAACUCGCCAUCUGCAAUUAGACAUGUAGUAAUACAUAGGCUGAAAGGAAAGGAUGGCAAAAUUGAAUGGCUAACAAAUCAAGAAAAUAGAUUUAAUUCACUCAAAGAACUUAUUGAUGCAUAUGUCUCUAGCAAGAAACCAAUCAAUCCUGAGAUAAAAACAUCUCAAUUAAUUCGACCAAUAGCACGACAAUCAUGGGAAUUUUUGCAUGAAAAUAUUAUACUAAAAGACAUGCUUGGAGAAGGACAGUUCGGUGAAGUUCGUGCAGGUGAAGCAAUAAUUGACGGCAAAAAAAUACCUGUGGCUGUCAAAAUUGCAAAAACAAUUAAAGACAAGAAGAACAUACAACAAGCUAAAGAAAAAAUAAAAGAAAUGAUGCAUGAAGCAAGACUAAUGCGAUAUUUUGAUCAUGAAAAUGUUGUAAAGAUCCAUGGAGUUGCUGUUUGCCGUGAACCAUUAAUGAUCAUCAUUGAAUUGGUGAACGGUGGUUGUUUGUCGGAUGUAUUGGAAUCUCGGAAAGGAAAUAUUGAUGAGGACGAAAAAAUUGAAAAUAUGUCACUCGGGUCGGCUCGUGGUCUUGAAUAUAUUCAUGCUCAAAGAAUCAUUCAUCGGGAUAUUGCAGCUCGUAAUGUGUUGUAUACAGAGAAUCGAGUAGCUAAAAUUAGUGAUUUCGGAAUGUCAAGGCAUGGCAAUUUUUAUGAGAUGUCAAGAGGGAACAGGAAGGUACCACUGAAAUGGACGGCACCGGAAAGCAUGGUAACAUAUCAGUAUACACCCAAAACGGAUGUUUUCUCAUUUAGCAUUCUGCUAUGGGAAAUUUUUUCGGAUGGUGAAGAACCGUACAAAGGAAUGACAAGCAUUGAAGUAAAACGGAUGAUUUCAUGCGGUGAACGUUUGAAAAAACCGGAAGGAUGUCCCGACGUCAUGUUUCAAAUAAUGGGGAAAUGUUGGGAGCAAAAUCCCGAUAAUCGAUACUCCAUGUCAGAGGUAGUAAAACAAAUUGAAGAUAUAAUAGAACAUGCAUAUUCGGAAGAAUCUGAGACCCAUUCAAGGUUAAUUAGUGAUACACAUUCUGCAGAAAAGAUUAGUUCGAAAGACGACGCAGAUGAUCUGAAUGAACCUUCACGGAGUUUCAUUUCUCAGACUAAGAGGAAACGAAGGAAGCAUCAUAGACGGAAAAGAAGACAGAAGAAGUCACGGAUACAUAAAAAGUCAGCUGAAAUUAUUAAUGAACGGAAGAAACCCAAAUCAAGGCAUCGGCACAUGAAAUCAUCACAUAAUGUACUGUAA